GGUGUUACGUUCUUUUACCCACAUGUUGGUCUUGAUUUUGUAGCAAAUAUGGCGGGGAAUCGAAUACAUUUAAAACUAGAUCAAAGUGCUGCAGCUUCUAUUGAUCAGUAUCUGGAAUAUCGAAGGUUUGUGGUUGGUAUUUAUUGAUAUUUGUUGAUUGUAUAGUACAGUGUUGCCCCGGUGUUGCUCUAUCCAAUGUCUCAAUUAGGGUCUAAACGCUGCAAUUUCAUGAGAAUCUUAACAUCAGAAAGCUCAGAAAAAUUUCCGAGCUCCAGAUGAGAUUCAAAUUCACGAACCUCCGAAUUAUAGAUUGGACGGUCUAACCGCUGAAAUUGUGGGAGACUCAUGGCCAGUAAGAGGGAAAGGGUUUUGUGGGCUGUCGUAUACGUACAGAGUUGGGCAAUGCAGUACUCAAUAAUACUGAGAGAUACCGAAGUGUGUUAUCUUCCUUUGGCCGAUAACGCCCUCCUUACUUGUCAUUCUUCAGACCAUACUUAUCCUCGUUUAACGAUGGUCAAACAUUCAUGGGUGUCGGUUUUUCCUCUUAUAGGAUUGUUGGCGAUGAUGAUGGUGGUAAGUUAUUCACUCCUAAAGAGUAUGAAGAAUACAAGAAAAAGGUUCUACCCAUGAGAAUGAAAAAUCGACUUUUUGUAAGUUGGACAGCACCCAAUGGCAUGGACUGCAAGAUGAUUGGACCAGAGACAAUGUGUUUCUGUAAUCACAGGUUAAAAGCUAAAAAGUCUUUUUUUGCUAUAAAAAUUUGAGAAGUAUUUGAAUAAGCUUUAAUUUAUUUAUACAUAUAGUGUAUAGGUAGUUUUAAAAAAAUUUAAACUGGGGGUGGGGUAAUUUAUUAAAGAAGAAAUCCAUCUGCUUAACUUAUAUCAAGGCUGUGCUCUUGCAGUGCCCAAUAGCCCCUGGUGCCUAAAUCUUACUCCUGGGUGACCACAAAAUCUUAGUGUUUUCAUAGAAAUGCUAUACUGGGUACCCUGUAUUUCAAAGAAGAAGAAGAAGAAGAAGAAGAAGAACCUUUAUUAAUUUAUACCGCUCAGGGUAGCCCCUUCAGACGCAAAAAGCUGUCUGUUAUCAAUGGGAGCCCUGAGCAACAACGCACAAAAACACACUAAACAUAUAAACAUUACACUAAUACAGGUAAUAAUAUAAAUAGAAAACUAUUUUCAAUUAAAAGAUUAAAAGAUGUAAAACACGAAAUAUCAUUAAGAUAAUUCGUUAAAAAGAGUGCAACCAUAAUAAUAGAAGGAUCUUUUUGCAAUUUCAGUUCUCACAGCAGGCGGAUGUAAGAGGUUGCUUUGUCUAGUAGCGCGCGCAUGGACUGUAUUAUUACGUUUAAAAUAAUGUUUAAAAUACUGGGGACAUUGACCUUGCAGGCAUUUCUUAACGAGUUUAAAAACAGAUUGACGUCGGCGGUCCUCCAAGGUGGGCCAUUUCAGAACGUCCAAUGCCUGCUUGCUGCGCACAGUACAAGCCACUAUCCUAGCAGCCCGGUUUUGGAGGGCUUCAAGGUCUUGUUUACGACCUUCCCCGCAACAGCCCCACACACUUACACAGUAUUCUAAAAUUGGCCUAAUUAGACUACAGUACACUACAUUUGCACUCUCUCUAGUGAGGCUUCUGCGAAGCCUGCCGAGGUUCAGAACAUUGGGUCCCUUUCAAUUUUUCUUAGAGUACAGCCUUGUACAUGUAUCUGAUUGAUAUUCUUAUACCCAACUUUUAGGUACAAACAACAUAAGACAGAUUAUGAGACAUUGCCACAAACCCGGCCUGUCCCAGUACCGUGUAGAGCAAGUGGCUGCAAAUGCAAGAGUUACCAUUAUGUCCCUAAGAACGGCACACAGCCAAUCAGAUGUCAGUGUAAACACUUUGCAGAUGAGCACUUAGAAGUGGUACCUUACAAGUGCACUAAGGGUUGCGCAUGUAAGGCGUUUAGAAGUUCCUUUACCUGUGGCUGUGGAGAACCAACAUAUGCUCAUAAGGUACAUGCACACAAGGGUUGGUGGGAGGAUGGGUGAUAGCUUGAAUCAAUGCAGGGCUAUCAUUGAGGGCCAGGCACCUGGGGCUUGGGGACUUCUCCCAGCUGCUGAGUGCAUUAUCCUAGCCACUUUCAAAGAAGGAUCAAUAUCAAGUUAUUGGAGCAUAACAGUGCCUAUAUCUUCCCACCAAUUACUGUAGCACUGACAGGCUGAUUUUUAGUACAUUUUUGUGAGAGGCCUUUUUUUAUCGUGUUCUUUUUGGAUAUAUGAGGCGAGCCCAUAAUUUCAAAAAUUUAAGUUUCGUGAUGUCAUCCCUUUUUUCUCUAUUCAGUCAUGUGCUUAGUUAUUAUCAAUUUAUUAGCCUGUUCCUGUUGGCACCGUCCCCACAAUCUGAAUGCCUGGAUAGGCUAUCAAGUUUUAAAAUCGACAUAUAAUUAUGUACAAUUUUUCUCUUUGUCAUUUAUGAGGUUGCUUUCUUACAGUUGUGAAUCGUUUUUUUCCCAAAAGACAGUUGUAGAGACAAAAGAGGAACGCUUGGCCCGUGGACACCCAGUAGGUCAAGAUGUUCCCUAUGCAGCUAUGGGUGGGAUAACAGGAUUCAGCUCACUGAUGGAUGGCUACAUGCGCUUGGAUGACAGUGGCAUUGGUCCUCCACCAAUGCACAUGUUAGAGCAACCCAUUGGUAUGUGCAUGGUUUUUCAUGGAAACUUUUAUGCUAGGUUGACCAUAAUCAGUAACUAUUAAGACAAAAUCCAUAAGUGAGUAAUUUUAAUUUUCAGUGGACAAACGCUUUGUACCAGAAUAAUUUCAAGCAUGUUGCAUUCUUUUUCACACUUUUCAAGGGCUAUAAAUGUAAUAAGUUGUAUGAAAUAACUCUGAAGAAAAGGUUCUUAUUGGAGUCUGAGAAAACAAACUUCAAAAGCCUCAAAUUUCACAAAAUGAAAUCCUAGGCAUGACAAAUUAUUUUUACCUGUACUUUUUUAAUUCCUGUGAAAUUGGACAUUUAUUUUCUUGGACUCCGGUAAGAAAUCAUCUUUAAAGGUACAAGGUUUUUGUCCACCGAAAAUAAAAAUUACUCAAUUUCCUAAUGGAUUCCGUCUUAAGGUCUCCUCAUUUUCAGUCUACUGUAGCUUUAAUUUGUGACUAACCCUGUUAAUGAUUUUGCCUAGGACCUGAUGAUCAUCCAUUUCUGAGAGCCCAUGCAGGUGUUGCAGCAAUGUCUUUAGAGGAUCGGAUGGGUGGUACGGCAGGACAACUGGCACGUAGAACCACAGAAGAAGAGGACAUGGCUUACUUCGAAAGGUGUUACCAAGCAAGGGUCAGUGUUAUUGUGAUUUUCGUGGACCUGUGCCCACUGCUUAAACUAAUAUUUGCUUCCUGGAUGGUUUAAUGGUAAUUCCCCACCCCCUCCUUCUCUGCCUGAAUUUUUUCUUUAACUAUGAGGAUUGUUGGCUUCACAGCUUAAGGCAGAAAAAGAGCAAGCCAGACUUCAAAAAUCAGCUCAAGCAAAGAGGCUCCCAGGGGCAACCACUGGACGACAGAGCACAGGUAGUCCUACAAGGAGGACUGGGCCAAGUAAAGCAUUCUCAGCAACCAAGCCUGCUGGUUCACCGAGGAGCACUGGUACCCAGACUGUAAGACAGAAGAGGUGA